AUAAAGAGGACACCAUACCUAUUUGCCAAUAUACCCGCCCGCCUCUUUUUUUUUUUUUUUGGUUUUUCAUAUUUUUUUUCUCCUUCUCUCGAUCUUUAUCUCUUGCCAUGUCUCGUUCAAAUUCACCUAAACUGCAAGUCUUAAAGCUUGACGAAAUGAAUGAGUCUCCGAGUCCAGAAGUACUACCGCAAUACGAUGAUUAUCAUAUACCGACAGUGACUUAUGUCCCAUAUUAUAUUCCCGUCGGCGUACCAAUGCCACCUCCUCCAAAGCGGAUUCAUCGAUUUCUGUCAACGCUUGGACGGAAACACAAACGUUUUCCUCAUUAUCCAUGUCACGGACCACCUCCUCCACCUUUAUGCUACUCUCCAGUAUUUCCCGCCUCAGUGCCUAAUUAUGCUAUGCCCAUGCCUGGCGAAGAAAUGAUGUAUCAACCUCACAUGAUGGGUAUGCCUGUAGACCAAGGGCUGCCAAUGUAUCCGCCUUUCCCAAUGCAAUCCUUACACUCUUGAACAGCCAAUUAUCUACUUGCGCUAGUCUGUACACAUAUUCAAAUAAAAAUUGCAAUACUUCAAAAUUACAUUGUUGAUUGAUGAUCAAGCA